AUGAAGCCAGGCGCAAACCGAAGCAGGAAGGAUAUACAGACAACUAAGAAGAGUGAACAGAUCAAGGUCUGCAUCAGAAUGCGACCCCUUCUAAUCCCUUAUGAGGAAGAGUCCCUCUGGUUCAUCAAUGAGAAGCAAAAGUCUAUUUAUAGCUCCAAUGCUGAUAGUAAGUAUUCAGAGUUUGAAUCAACACCUGGAAUGAAGAUAAAAGAUGACCUCAGAGCUUUGUCAAUUGAUCCACAGUUGAACCAUACUUUUCAUUUUGACCAUGUGUUUGGUGACGGGACUAGUACUCCUGAAAUAUACCAUGUAAUUGCUAGACCAAUCACAAAGGCAGCAUUGGUUGGAUAUAAUGGUUCUAUCUUCAUGUACGGCCAGACUACCUCUGGUAAGACUUAUACGAUGCUUGGGACACCAGAGACUCCUGGGAUUCUUCCAUGCACAGUCAGGGACAUCUUCAAUUUUGUGACUAAGAAUCAAUCGAAUGAGUAUAAAAUCUGGAUUUCUUAUUUAGAAAUUUAUAAUGAGGCUAUCAAUGACCUCCUAAAUCCUGGGAGUACAAAUAUGAAGCUCAAAGAAGACCCUAAAUAUGGAACCAAGGUGGUAGGCUUGAAGGCUCAACAGGUUUGGACCUUUGAUCAAGCCAUUAUACUCAUGAAUUUUGGUGAAGAGCAUAGAAUGUAUAAAGAAACCAGUGUUCAUGAACAUUCCUCAAGGUCUCAUACCAUUUUUAGAAUUUAUAUUGAGAGUAUUUCAAAAACAGAGGAUACUCCAAAGAAAUGAUCUGUACUGAACCUUGUUGAUCUUGCAGGUUCCGAAAGACUAACUGAGUAUGAUGGGAAGAGAGACACUAGUGGUGAAACUGGACACAUCAAUAAGAGUCUGUUUAUUCUAGCAAAUGUCAUCAACAAACUAGCAGAAGAUAAGCACUCUCACAUCCCUUAUAGAGAUUCAAAGCUCACACGGAUUUUGUCAAAUGCUCUGGGUGGUAAUUCUCUAACAGCAAUUAUUUGUAAUGUAUCACCAGCUGCGAUUAACCACUACCAGACCUUAUCAACCCUAAGAUUCGCCACUAGGGCUAAAAUCGUUAAAAACAAGCCAAUCGUCAAUGAGCUAGGAGAAGUGACUGAAGAAGCUAAAAUAUAUAAAAAGCAAAUUCAAAAUUUAAGAGAGCAACUAAGCUCAAAAGAGGAUGAUAUCAAACUCUAUGCUAAGAAGCAGCUAGAGAUGCAGCGCCACCUCAACUCUUCCAACAACAUGAACGCCAAGCUGAUGAAUGAGCUGCAAUUUAUGAAGAAGAUGAAUUCUAAGAAUGAAGCUGAGAAAUAAGCUAGAUAUCUCCUCUUCAAGUAUCUCUCAAUCUAAAGAGUAUCAAAAUUUGUACCAAGAGUUCAAACAGGAAAGAGAAAAGAGCUUAGAAUUGUUCAAGGAGCUUGAAGAGACUAAGAAAUAAACUCAAUGACCUACAAGAAAUACAGAUUGAACGCCAAAAACAAGACGCUUUUGAGACAAUGAUUGUAUUCACAGAGCAAGUUCUUGGCCAGAAUAAUAUAUCAAUCCAUCUGAACCCUCAACAGCGAUCUGAGUGGGUUGAUAAGGUAGGAACCUUGCUGAAUGAUUAUCAAGAUGACUGCGGGUUACUCCAAGAUAAGUACUUGCAACAAUUAUGUGUGCAAUAUUCUAAAAGUUUGCCCAAAAUAGCACCCAUAGAUCAAGAAUUUCUAAAAAUGAACCCUAAUCUGGAUUGCUACUUAAACAUUGUUCCUGACGAUAAGAUCACAGAGUACGAUGAGGAAGAAAACUCUGAUGAUAUUAGCUAUGAAGUAAAGUCUAGUGCAACCAGAGUCAUUGAAGAUAUCGAGAAACGUAAAAUUUUCGAUGAUAUCAGGAUCGAUUUCGAAAGCAUUGUUGAUAGCAUUGCCCCGGAAGACAACCCCUCCAGGCUAAAUCAGAUGCUAGUCUCAUACUAUGAAGAAAUUCAUGAAGUCUUACAGAAAAGACUUGAUGAAUGCCAGGAUAUCAUAGAACGGUACAUGAAGGAACUUAUCGAAAGCAAAUAAAAGGAAUAUACAAAAACAAAUGGAAAAUUUAGCAUUUGGGAGAAGAAAUUCCUCCAGAGAUCCAACCAUUAUGAAUCAGGAUAACCAAAUGGAUAUUGGAAGUAUUACUUCUGAGCAUAAUAAAAGACUAAACCAGCUAAGAGAGCAAUAUGAAUCCUUCUUGAAGAAUGCUGAGAAUGAAUUUUUCAACGUUCUCAAGUCAGUAAAAGGGGAUUCAGAUAUGAAUUCAAACUCCAAUGACAAUAGUCCAAAGGAAAAGAACUUUCAAGAAGAAUACAAUAAGUUCAACAAGAAGCAAACAGCUAAUUUAAACAGAGAAGGGGAACGGUCAAGGAGUAACCUGAGCUCCCAUGUUUCUAUCAGCAGUUUAAAUGAAAACUCUAGUCAGAAGCCUUCGAUCAAAAAGCCAAUAUCUAAAGAUUCAGGCUCAAAAUCAGGCUAUAUAGAUGAUUUGCACGAGAAAAGAAGCACUGCAGAGAAUUAUGAAGAAGAAAAAGCUUAUCCUCCACUAAAGCUAUCAGCAAGCAAGCGUAUGAAGAAGAAAAGGGAGGAAAAGAUGACCAAAAGUAAGGCGAAAUCUUCUGGUCAAAAGUCUCAAGAAACUGAUUCUGUAGGAUCAGCUAAGAAGAAAGAACACGUCUCAAAGCCCAUCAAUAAAGUUCAACUAAACCUUGUAUCUUGUGGCUGGCAACAUAUUAUGGCUCUUUCUAGCCAAGGGCAGGUGUAUUCAUGGGGUAAUGGAAAUCAAGGGCAGCUUGGACAUGGAACUACUCAUGACAUCAAAAGUCCUCUGAUAAUUAAAGAUCUGAUCCAAAUGUCUAUAAACCAAAUAGCAUGUGGCUAUUUCCAUUCAGCAGCUGUUGCUCAAGGAGAGUUAUUCAUGUGGGGCAAUAAUUCUGAUGCAAGGUUAAUUUUGGAAAAAUCAACGAAUGUUCUAACUCCUUCACUCACAUUAAUAAGCCAGCUUAGGAAGGAAGAUCCAGAUAUGUUUUCAGUAGCAGAAUUAUCCCUAGGAUAUAAUCAUUCAUCAGUUAUUACAAUCUCUGGAGAAUGAUUUACUGCUGGCUCAAAGCUUGAAGGCCAAUUAGGAGGAGAUCCAUCUGAUGAUACUAUUGAAGGAGAUGAAGGUUUGCCAGAAAACUGAAGCCCUCUCACACAAGUACUUCCUUUCGGAGACGAUAAUUCUCCUAAAGCAAUUUCUGUGACUUGUGGUGAUAGGUUUACAAUUGUGCUUGACAGUAAUCAAGAUGUAUCCGCUUUCGGAAUAGGAGUUGUGAAUCAAAUAUUUGAAGAUAACCUUCCUGAACUUUCAAAUAACUACCAGCGUCAGAGUCUAAAAGCAGUGCCUAGAACCCAAGAUGAUCUAUUCAGGUGGACUUUCAAUUCUUAUUCAGAAUAACCCUCUUCUUUAUUUGUAAUUUCAAU